ACCGAUAAAACAAGCGAACAAACCAGGACCAGGCGGUACUACCAGAGGUAUGUAAGAUACACCCCGGUAAAACAUGCCAACUGUUCUGUACAGAGUGUAACGUCGCCAUCUGUUCAAUGUGUUUUACAACGAAACAUAACCAGCACGCAUUCAAACAUUUUGAAGAUGAAAUUAACACCCAGAAACAUUACGUACGUGAACAGUUGAAAACGUUGAAAUCCAAGUUAGGUCAAUUCAAUGAGAAGUUAUCAAACCGUCGGAAAGAGAUCACAACAUUCAAAGAAAGUGUUGAUAUUAUCUCUAAAGAUGUGAAAGAGAGAGGAACAAAGAUAAAGGUAGGAAUAGAUUAUAUAGUGGACAAUGUCCUUGCUGAAUUAUCAUCACUGGUUGCUGAAGAAGAUAGACUCUUCCAACAUGAUUGUGAGCAUGAUGAUAAAAGUGUCAAACAAAUAAAGCAGCUGAUCGGAGAAGUGGAGCAGCAGUCGGAAAAUCCAUCAAGUGGAACUUUGUUUGAGCUGACGGGGAGAUUGAGGACCACUUUACCACUUUAUGACGUUACUGGUACAAGUGUACCGACACGUCCACUUAGCUUUGAAACCGGCCAAAUUAAUACAGACCAAUUGAAAAAGAUGAUCGGAUAUGUUCAGACGGGGAGUAAGAAUUAUUCAACGCCAAAGUAUGAAAAGAAGGAAAUAAAUAACCAGCAUGUCCGGAAACUUACUACAUUCCAAACUUCUCCAAACAAAUCCAUAUUUUCAAUAUGUCCAAUAGACAACACCUAUACAUGGAUAUCAAGGUUUGGGUGUCGGGAUCUGCUCCGAGUCAAUAAAAAGGGAAACGUCACGGAGACUGUGAAGCUUGAUUUCGCACCUUGGAGUUUGGCUUUGACCAACUCUGGACUACUAAUGACUCUCCAGGAUCAUUCACCAUUUAUACACAAACUGUCAGAGAACAGACAAGUGACGAUCUUCGCUGACAUCAGCCCAUUUAAGGCCUGGUUUAUCAGUGUUAGUGACACAGACGAGGUGAUCGUUAGUACUGGUACUACAACAAUACUGGUACUUAACAUGUCUGGGGACAAGGUUAGACAAAUCUCGUGUGGACCUGCCGGGAAACGUAUAGUAUGUUUGACCCGAGGGAAUGUCGCUAUUACCACUGGAGGUACUGACUUUCAAAAACUGAAUAUCGUCAACAAAUCAGGUCAGAUUAUACACACAUGGAGUGGAGAACUGGACAAUGGUCAGACGCUACCCGGAACGAGACAGAAUAGUAUAGCACGUGAUGAAUAUGACAGAGUAUUUGUACCAGACCUUGGACACUAACCAGGUAUAUGUCAUCUCACGGAAUGAGAAAAAGGCAAACUGUAUCCUGGACGAGAAACACAGAGUACGACAUCCAAUGGCAGUAGGUGUAGACAGGUGUGGACAUGUUUGGAUCGGCUGUGGUAAUGGU